GCUGGUGUUUCCGGUAGCACGUGAAGGCAGCAGUAGCGUUUGCUGAACUCGUGCUGAGCCCGAAAAUCCUCACUGACUACAACAAUGAGUGUGAGCGUGUCCGGCUAGUUUGAAUUGAAGUUUACUUCAGUGAAACUGCCCCUAAUUUCCACUACAUGUGCUCAUUGGAGGUUUCAGUGUGUUAAAUGGAGCUAGAGGACCAAUGGUGGAAAGGACAACUGGCUGCAGACAUCUACCAGGCGCUACGGUACAAAGAGCUCAAGUUGCCCUCCUACAAAGGCCAGUCCCCUCAGCUCAACUUGAGGCGAUACUUUGCAGACCUCAUAGCCAUCGUCAGCAACCGCUUCAGGCUGUGUCCUGCAGCCAGACACCUGGCCGUCUACCUGCUGGACCUCUUCAUGGACCGCUAUGAUGUCACGGUGCAGCAGCUUCACAUGGUCUCUCUCUCGUGUCUCCUUUUGGCCAGUAAAUUUGAGGAAAGGGAGGACCGGGUGCCAAAGCUGGAGACACUGAACAGCCUGGGCUGCAUGAGCUCCAUGAACCUGGUCCUGACCAAACAGGGUUUACUUCACAUGGAGCUGCUCCUGCUGGAGACCUUCCAGUGGAACCUGUACCUCCCUACAGCCGCUCAUUUCAUUGAAUACUACCUGUCUAUUGCCGUCAACGAGGGAGACCUCCAUGAUGGCUGGCCUAUGACCUGCCUGGAUAAGACCAAACUAUACAUGGCCAAGUAUGCUGAUUACUUCCUGGAGGUUUCCUUGCAAGAUCAUGUGUUUUUGUGUUUUGCACCCUCACUGGUGGCUGCGGCGUGUGCGGCCACCUCCCGCCUCAUCCUCCACCUGUCCCCGACAUGGCCGCCCCGACUGCAGCGUCUGACAGGCUACACAUGGGAGAACCUGGUCCCAUGUGCCGAGAAACUACUCAUUGCACAUGACAGUGACGUUAAAGAGGCCAACAAGCUGAAGUGCCAGCAGCCUGGUCAGCAGCAGCAGCAGCAGGGCCAGUCGAUGUACCACGGUUCAGGCCAGACAGCCACUGUGGCCCAGUACCUGCACCGGCCCAGCAUGCCGUAUCCCCAGCAGGCUCCGCAGCCCGGCCUGGCCUCUAACCACAGGCCUGCCUCCUACCUCAGCCACUCCACCACCAACCUGCAGGCUCCUAAUGGCCCCCAGCAUGGCAACACCCAGGCCAUAACUACCUCACUGGAUCCAAAGUCUAAUAUUCCCAACAGGGCUUACCAAGUCAGCAUGCACUACACCUGUGCUGCUCCGUGCUUUGACAGAUGAUGGAUUUUCAGGAUUUUGUCUUUUUUUGGGCAGUAAGAGAUAAGAGAUGUGAUCUGUUUCUCUUGAACAUAACAAAAUACACUGAAAAAAAGAGUGUUUUUAAUUUAAAGAGACUUGAUGAGAUUAAUACAGCACUUUGACAAUAAGGUGUACGUAAUGUGCAAUAUGCAUACUCUGCUGUAAUUUUCUGUGGAGAGCCUGCAUUAGGAAUUUUUUGUUUUGUUUGAGAUAUCAAGUAUGAAUGUUGCUGUGAGGUGGCUAGAAGCAGAGCUUGCACCUCUGUACCCACUAGUGUUACUGUAUAGUUUAGCUGCAGACCAAAAGUCUUGUAUUUAUUUGAGCCAGAUUACCUCCGAAGUAUUGAACGUACAAAUACCUCGUGCCUGUAGCCUUUAUGACUGUUUCGAUGCUAAGUUAAGGGCGCUUACAAAAAGGGACUUUGGUUGAGAUAAGAGAGCACAGUUUGUGUUAGUGUUCUGUACCUCGAAUUCUUUUUUUUCUUUUUUUUUUGCUUUUUGAUUUGUGUCAUUGGUAAAACUAAAAGAAUAUACUCCUCUAGAUGUCAGUUUCUUUGCAGAGAAAAUUGUUGCUCUUUGUACACAGAGGAUUUCAGUCAGUGCUGUGCACUUCUACAAUGAUAAUUUUAAAUAAAAUACAAAUCUGUGUUGAACU